AUGGAUGCCUCUACUGGAACCGGGGCUCCACUGGCUCUUUCACUUUCCAAUGACGGCCUUUUUGCAGCUCACGUCCAUGGCAAAGAUCUUGCCGUCUACUCAGAUUUGGCAUCCGAGCAUAAAGAAAUGCAGAUUACCAAAGUCAUGGAGACAAAUGUCAAAUCUUUCAAAUUCUCUCCUACACGAAAUUCAAUUAAAUCGUCUACAGACCGACGUCUUCUCAGCUCCAAUGAAUCCCGCAUCUCGAUCUGGCAACUAGAAGAAUUGAAGCUGUUUGCCGAGAUCGAAAACCUCGAGCCAGGGACACUCAACAUCGAAUUUGGAGCCGAUGAAAACGAAAUUCUUGUAUUCCAUGCGUGGAAUACGAAAAUGACUAUUCACUCCUUGGACACGGGGCGCAGCUCCAUGAUCAAGUCGCCCAAAUCUGCCCACCACCUUGGAUUCGGCUAUCGCCCGCACACCCUGCACUUCGCCAUCCUAUUAAAACCGGAUACAUCUGACCUACUUACUAUUCAUGACCCUAAAACCUACAACCUGGUUAGCCGGGUAGUUCUCUCAACUAAUGACGCCCAGGGCUUGAAAUGGAGUCCAGAUGGGAGGUGGAUUGCUGUCUGGGAUGCUGCCAGUUCUGGUACCAAGGUGCUCAUUUUCACGGCCGACGGACAGCUAUUCAGGACUUAUAGUGGCUCAUCCGAGAUGGAUGAUUCAUUUGAUCUGGGCGUCAAGCAGAUUGAAUGGGGCCCUCUCGGAAAAGACGGCACCUCCAGCACUCUCGCUGUCGGCAAGGUUAAUGGCAAUGUUGACCUGCUGCGAACCCGAACAUUUACUUGUUCCACUACACUCUCGCAUGUUUUCCCGCUUGAUCAGUCUUCACCUAGGAUCUGGCGCGAGCGAUAUACAAGUGCCCUCGGAGACGCGGAAUACGCCGAGGCGACAUGCUCCUCUGCAUUUAACAUGAGUCCCGAGUCUUCGGGGCCACCGCGAGGUGUACAAAUCAUGACAUUCAGCCCUGACGGAACGAUGCUCGCAACUGUGGAUACUAUGCGAUCUAAUGUUGUCUGGAUCUGGACAUUGGAUGCCACGCCCAGACUGGCAUCUGCUCUGGUGCAUGAACAACCGGUUCGUCAACUAGCUUGGCAUCCUUCGACGCCGCAGCUACUCAUUAAUGCAAUUACGAACAACCUGCCUACUAUUCGAUGGUGGUCGCCCAAUGAUCACCCGGUGAUCGCCCGCGUUCCUACCCAAAAAAGCGACAGUGGGAAGUAUGAGGUGAAGUGGCUUGUUGAAUCGGAAAAUGAUGCGACCUUUUGGUUUGCUUCGACCGAUGAGUACGUGGUUGGGUAUUUGACUGAUGAGAAUGGUGUCUCUGGAUAUGAAGUAUUGAAUUCGGUGACCAGUCGAGGAUAUGGAGGUCAUGCUGGUAGCUUGGGCCGUUAG